UGGAGCCGCUCGCCGCCCGCCGCCGCCGCCGCAGCCGCCGGUGCCGCCGCCGGGGGGGAGAAGGAGAGCCGGGAAGCCCCCGAGCGCCGCCCCGCCCUCCCGCCCCGCCGCCGCCCGGCUCCGCCGCCCCCCCGCUCCGCACCCGCGCCCGCAGGGGCCCCCCGCGCCCGGGGAGGGCGGCGGCCUCGGCCCGGAGAGCCUGAGCAGCCCGGCGGGGCCUCCAUCGCCCGCGCGCCAUGGCAGGAGCUGGAGGAGGAAAUGAUAUUCAGUGGUGUUUUUCUCAGGUGAAAGGGGCAGUCGAUGAUGAUGUAGCAGAAGCAGAUAUAAUUUCUACAGUAGAAUUUAACCAUUCUGGAGAAUUGCUAGCAACAGGAGAUAAAGGAGGUAGAGUCGUCAUCUUCCAACAGGAGCAGGAGAACAAAACCCAAACACAUAGCAGAGGAGAAUACAAUGUUUACAGCACCUUCCAGAGCCAUGAACCUGAGUUUGACUACUUGAAAAGUUUAGAAAUUGAAGAAAAGAUCAACAAAAUUAGGUGGUUGCCUCAGAAAAAUGCUGCUCAGUUUUUAUUAUCUACCAAUGAUAAAACAAUAAAGUUAUGGAAAAUAUCUGAAAGGGACAAAAGACCAGAGGGAUAUAAUUUAAAGGAAGAAGAUGGUCGGUAUAGGGAUCCUACAACAGUUACUACACUACGGGUGCCAGUAUUUAGGCCCAUGGAUCUGAUGGUUGAGGCGAGUCCAAGGAGAAUAUUUGCCAAUGCGCAUACAUAUCACAUCAACUCUAUCUCUAUCAAUAGUGAUUAUGAAACAUAUCUAUCUGCAGAUGAUUUGCGGAUUAAUCUUUGGCACCUUGAGAUUACGGACAGAAGUUUUAAUAUUGUAGAUAUCAAACCUGCCAACAUGGAAGAGCUGACAGAGGUCAUCACGGCAGCAGAGUUCCAUCCCAACAGUUGUAACACAUUUGUGUACAGCAGCAGUAAAGGGACAAUUCGACUGUGUGACAUGAGGGCGUCUGCACUUUGUGACCGGCAUUCUAAAUUGUUUGAGGAACCUGAAGAUCCCAGUAACAGAUCCUUUUUCUCGGAAAUCAUUUCGUCCAUUUCUGAUGUAAAAUUCAGCCAUAGUGGGCGAUAUAUGAUGACUAGAGAUUACCUGUCAGUAAAAAUCUGGGAUUUAAACAUGGAAAACAGACCUGUGGAAACCUACCAGGUGCAUGAAUACCUCAGAAGUAAACUUUGCUCGCUGUAUGAGAAUGACUGCAUUUUUGACAAAUUUGAGUGUUGUUGGAAUGGAUCUGACAGUGUUGUCAUGACGGGAUCUUACAAUAAUUUCUUCAGAAUGUUUGACAGAAAUACAAAACGAGACAUCACCCUAGAAGCAUCCCGGGAAAACAAUAAGCCACGCACUGUUUUGAAGCCACGCAAAGUCUGUGCCAGUGGCAAACGAAAGAAAGACGAAAUUAGUGUCGACAGCCUAGACUUCAACAAGAAAAUUCUUCACACAGCUUGGCACCCCAAGGAAAAUAUCAUUGCUGUAGCUACUACAAACAACCUGUAUAUAUUUCAAGACAAAGUGAAUUAGGGUUGGCAUUCCUAGCAGAAGAGUCCACUUCUUGCAUAGUUGAGAUAGUUGAAUCUAGCAUUUGUACCUGUAAAAGAGAGAGAGAAAGAGAGGUCCAUUGUGGCACCCCUUUCCAGUGUUUAAAAAUGUGCCAUGUGACAACACAUUUUUAUAGCUACAUGGAGAACGCUCGGGUGAUUCUUCACUGUGGGGUUCUCCAUGUCUGCUAGCCAUUUAGGUAAGGGUAGGGCACUUUUAAUUUAAAUGACUACUUGCACCAUCUUGCCUAAUGGACUAGAUUGGACUGUAUCAACAUUGGUCUACUCCACUUUUUAUGCCUUCCAUUGUGAUGACGUCAAACACAGUGAAAGCCUUCAGUCAUGCUAUGGGAUUUAAUUGUGUAACCUCAUUACUGUAUCAUUUGUGGCCCUUUUUUAUUAAAUACAGCUCAUUCUUACUGUGGCUUGUAGCAUUCCUCCUCCUCCUCUGGCCUCCUGGACUCCUCCCCAUCACUUCUCUUACCCACUUCCCCUCCACCCAGCCCUGGUGGUGGUGUAUUCAAAAAGAAAGAAAAAGAAAUAAAGCACAUGAAAUGGGUCAGUUUGGGGUCAAUGGUAAAGGGGGUUUAUGUUGCGAACAAAUGUUUUAAUAACAGUUGGACUGUAAUCACUCCUUGCCGUGUCUGGCACCAAAAACAAAAUAAGAGAGAGAAAAAAAAACAAAAACUACUGAAUAAAAGUGACAAAGAAUGGAGAA